AUGUCGCCCAAACAACAACUCGAUCAGUCUGCUCAACUCUUCACCUUCAGGGCUACCGUACCAUCCAUAGAAACUGAGGAUCAUGACCCUGACCAUGACUCCCUUUCAAGCGAUGCAGGACAGCGAACGCCACCAGAGUCCGACUCGGAAACCCCAGACGAAAGAAACUACGCCCCAAACGGCUCGGUCGUUUCCUUUGAGACAGCCAGCAAUUUGGGCAUUAGUGAUACUCUGAGAGCAUUGAGCUUGUCUUCAGGACAGUCGCUGUCGAUUAAUGCUGACUUUUUCGAUGCGACGUCGGAACGUCCUGAUAACUCUGGGCGACACACUUCUGUUCGUGAUCCAUUGCCCGGUCACAACCAGCCGGACCUUGACGAAGACCAAGGAGAUCAAAUUAGUACUGGAAGCAGUGCCGAGGACGAUAGCAAUAUCUCGUCAUUGGAUGAUGUGCCACAGGAACUGCCGCCUUCCGCGCCUAUAUUCGACAGUGACCUUCAGGGAAUCCUAGGAGACGUCAAGGAACAUUUGUCAAGCAUAAUCUCUGACAUGGGGCAGUGCCCUUUGAUUACUGAUCAAGGAUCCGACCUCUCAAAACAGUACGAGCAAGUGCGAAUGGCAAGUCAACUUGACUGUCCAGAAACUCGCACUGUAGGAUUCAUUGGGGACUCGGGGGUUGGCAAGAGCAGGUUGAUUAACUCUCUCCUGAACCUGGAUGGACUGGCCCGGUCGAGUGCUGAGGGCUCGGCCUGUACUUCUGUCGUUACCGAGUUCCGUGAUAUAGAUCCCCACCAUCCCAGUUGGACAAUCGAAGUCCUCUACAUGGACUCUGAAGAAGUAAAGGAACUGCUUGAGGAACUCCUCCAGAGCUUCAGAAUGUUUUACACAGAUACCUUUCGUGAGGUGACCAACAUGAAAGAACAAGAGCUCAUUCGCGAGCGGUCAACCAGGGCAUGGGCGACGUUACAUUCAAUGUUUCGCGGCCAGCCAGACCUCACGCACGAAUUUCUUGCUGACCAGACAGAUGCCGCAGACUCGCGAAUUCUGGAGAGACUUCAAAAAUGGACACAGCCUUCGUCUAGACAACGUCCCGGAGGCCCAGCGCUGCAACAUAAAGCUGUACUGGGUAGCUUUAACCGCUGUCAGUCCCAUCUUGAUAGACUUACAAUGGACCCGCAGGAUGAAGGAGAGACUGCAAUCUGGCCUUUUAUAAAGCUAAUUAGAGUGUACUUGCCUUCACCAAUUCUACGUACCGGCUUAGUGUUGGCAGACUUGCCUGGCUUCCGCGACCUGAAUUUCGCUCGGGUUCGUGCAACUGACAGAUAUCUUAAACACUCCUGCAAUGAGGUUUUCGUUGUGACAACAAUAUCGAGGUGCAUCACCGACCAGAGUAUUGAUGAGAUAAAAUCUCGAUGCAAUAAAGGACAGCCAAUACGUAUCGUGUGUACUAGAAGUGAAGAUGUUAUAGCAAAUGAAAUGGCUCGCCAGUACAGUGAUCUUGCCCCGGAGAUAAACAGGCUACAAAGAGGGGUAAGACACGCGCAGAGCAGACUCACCGAAGCACUUACAACAACCGUAUUCUAUGCCCAGCAACUACAGCACAACAAGGCUCUGAUGCUAAGUCUCCUUAGGCGCGACCAAUUCUUGAUCCGGAACCGGAAUCAGCGGGUUGAAGCAUGCCUUAGGAAGCAUGGCGAGGAAAUUCGUAUUUUCUGCAUCAGUAACGAACUGUACUCUCGGCACCGUGGAGGUAACAUGACGCAUGACGAUGAUUAUCUUCAGCUCAGUUGUAUUCGUGAACUACGACAUUACUGUCAAUUAGUUCCAGCCGAAGCGCAAUUCCGCUUCAUUGCUGCGUUUCUAGAGCACCGUGCACCAGCCGUGCUGCGAUCUGUGAAACAAUGGACCCUGACUGGUUGCGACAAUGUCACCGCUGAGAGGGCGAAAACACUGCGACAAGUAUUGCUGGAUAUCAAAAGAGCUUUCUGUGAGGCGCUUAUCCCGCAAAACGCAGGAUUCCGAGCAUUCCCUAAAAGGCUCAAGGAGCGUUUUGAGGAUGAAAUACUCGAUGUAGCCUAUAAACGAGCUUCCGAAUGGAGAAAAAGUGCGCUUCAAACCAGCAUGGCAUGGCAGAGUUGGCAUCAUUCUACUUACGCGGCCUUUUGCCGAAAUUACGGCACGCAUUCGACAAGAAAUGCCGGCUCUCAUUGUUGGAAUACCGAACUCCUAGAAGGCACGAAGGCAGAUUUGGAAGAAUCUUGGUCCUCUUUGGAAGAUUGGAUCCUCACUCAAAAACGUCUAUUAAAUGACGCCGUGAGAGCCGCUUUCCAGAAAAAUCUUGAAUGUUUGGAAGACAAUAUAAUGCUGGCGCCAAUUGCAUUAAAAAACUUGAUUGACAACAUGGAUGACAGAGAGGCUUGCAUAACCAACAGCGUUGAGCAGUUGCUCAACAGCCUUAUGAAAGCUUUAAGUCUAGUAAAGGGAGACGCUCUCCAUGGCCACGCUAGCUCAUACAUGGCUGGGUUGAUGCGGCCUGUUUAUAACAAGUGUAACAAUGACACAGGUCAAGGUGUUGACGCCCGGCGAAAAUGCUAUAUGAGAGAUCACCUCACCAACACCACGAUAUUUCUUCAUCUCAUAGAGGCCAUCAAUACCGACUGCCGCUCUCUUUUUCGGGAAACCUUCUCAGAGCUGAAGCAAGUGAUCCAUCAGGAAAUGGAAAACAUAUAUAGCGAUCUCCACAACGUCAUGGCAGAGGAGGGCGAGAUAACUGAAGCAACAAGGUUUCCAGUUGUUGCCAGCAGACUACGUGAUAAAGUAGAUGUGGCUGAAAGUACACUUCAACAGGCAUGUGAAAUUGUUGGCAGAUUGCGAAACACCCCAUCCUUAUCUUGA